AUGGCUAUUGUCUUACAAUAUGUUGAUAGAAGGGGAAGUGUGAUGGAACGAUUUCUUGGUAUUGUUCAUAUUCGUGAUACUACUGCUUUGUCUUUAAAGAAUGGAAUUAUUGGUUUACUUGCUCAACAUUCUUUAAGUCAAUCUUAUAUAUGUGGACAAUGUUAUAAUGGAGCAAGUAAUAUGCAAGCAAUUACAAAUGAUCUAAAUGUUGUUUUUCAAAAGAAAGAGCAAGACAUUGCAAAUGCCAUAUUUGAUGAGUUUUAUGUUAUCCGUGGAAGAUCACGUCGUAGAAUUGCUGAGUAUACUAUUUUGCAUCACUAUCGAGCUGAAGUAUUUUAUAAGAUUAUUGAUUGGCAAUGUCAAGAACUCAAUAAUCGCUUUGAUGAGGUGACAACUGAUUUGCUUCUGGGAAUUGCUUGCUUGAAUCCAGUUGAUUCUUUUUCUAACUUUGAUAUGGAAAAAAUAUUGAGAUUGGUUGAGUUAUACCCUGAUGAUUUUGAUAAAUACUCUAUAGUUGAUCUUCGCUUUCAGCUUGAAAAUUACAUUGUUGAUGUUAGAGAUCAUGAUAAAAGGUUCUUCGGUCUUAAGGGACUUUCUAAUUUUUCCAAGAUACUCGUAGAGACGAAGAAGCACAGAACUUAUCAUCUUGUGUUUCAACUAGUUAAAUUUGCUUUACUUUUGCCGGUGGCUACUGCUACAGUUGAAAGAGUUUUCUCGGCGAUGAAGUUGAUUAAGACUGAUUUACGAAGUCAAAUGGAUGAUGAACUUUUGAGUGGUUGUUUGGUGCCUUAUAUAGAGAAAGAAAUAUUUAGUACUAUCCCCAAUGAGGCUAUUAUGAAUACAUUUCAAAAUAUGAAAACUCGUCGAGGAGAGUUGUAA